GCAGCGUUUUGCAGUGGUUGGAGAAGAACGUGUACGUCAUUUUCACAAUGGCGGAGGCAGGGUGAGGAGGAGAGUGUGUGUGUGUGUGUGUGAGUGAGAAGCGGCGCUGUAAUCGUUAAGAGCUACAUCGCCACCGGUUAAUAACCAGAAACACGGUGCUCCCUCUGAACGAUGGCCCUGAACCCCACCGCGGCGGGCAGACUCAGGGACUCUGAAUGCACCGAGACGGACGAUCUGCAGCCGGAGGGAGGUGGAGGCGAACCCCCGAAGAAGAACCCAACCGCCACCUCCUCCUCGGCCAACCAAAAUGGCGAUCAGCCUGGAUGUGGAGACGGUGUAAUGCCCGAACAAGAAGCCCGAGAGCGGCGGAGGAGCUCGCAGGCAGACACCCGGAGCUUCAGCAGCUCGUCCUUACCGGGACACCGACCACAGAGCGACGAGCUGCCACGGAGAAAUUUCCAAAUCCCGAGGAAGAUAAAAGGCUUGUACCAGUUUCUGCCCCCCGACAGCCGGGAGUUUGAGGACCUUGUGAAGAUUGUCUCCUCGUUUUACCUCGACUCGUCAUCGCGAGGAACCUUCUCCUACUGCAAGGCCAGGCUCAUUCACAAUGAGCUGCUGGAGAAGGAGUUCAUCGAGAAACGGAGAGAGAUGAAGCAAGAGUCUCGGACGGAACAAGAACUGACUGAGUCGUACUGCUUCCUUUUUCCAGACAAAUCUAAGCUCCAGUGGAUCUGUGAGAAGGGUCUGUCGGUUGCACACUCCAGGAUUACAACACUAGGAAAUCCAUCAGUGGGUGUUUAUGUCUCCAAAUAUUCUGAUCUGUUACAAAUCAACCCUUUUGAAGUGGGCUCGUCUGGAGACAUGAUCGUUUUUAAAGUUAUGCGGGGCCGAAUAAAGCACAUCAAUGAGAACAUACCUAAGAACGCUAUGGAACCUACUCCCAAGUUCGACUGUCACUUGUCCAAAAGUGGCAACAGGGUUACGUCUUUGCUGUCUUACAGGGCUUUUGAGCUCACACAGCAAUAUUUUUUCGAGUUUGCGUUUGAUGAGAUCAAGGCGCGGCCCAGGCACGUGUGCCCCUACGCUGUGGUUUCCUUUAAGUACAAAGGCAAGGAGGCCGCAGCGACUCCUAUGACUUCACACAGGUUUAACACUAUUUCCUCUGAAGGAAGUCGAGGGAAGAGCCACUACACUGUGUGGAGUGGUCCGCUAGUAAACAAGGGCAAGGAGUUAUUCCCAAUCUGUUUACGAUCCUCCUCGCGCCCCUACCUCCCUUUCAAACUGCCUGAGAAGCUGGAGAUGAGUAGAGGCAUGCAGCUGGACCAGGUGAAGCGAAAGAUUCCCUCUGUGCUCUUUUCUUGGGAUACGUACAGCGCGUCACGGGAAGUGAUGAAAAGUGGGAUGUCCUGCAGCCUGUUUGAGGUGGCGGAUGGGAAAGGCAAACCAACCAGCGGCAGCUUGGCAUCGCUGGUCCACAAACUGGAGAGGGACAGGAUGGUGCUGGUGAAGUCCCUGUUUGACCGGGGCUUUCUCUUCCUGCUCUCCUCAGCGCAGAUGGUUGAGUCCAAAGAGCGGAGGGGGCGCGUUGAGAAGAACCUGCAAGCAUUAUUCAUCUUUCAGGAGUCGAGGAUGGUUGUCAAGUAUUCAUCCAGACUGUUCGAGCCAGAGCCGCUGACCACGGAGCCCCAGCCUGCUAUCCUGUCUUCCAUGGACCCCAUCGUCCCUGCUCUGCACUACGCAAUGUUCAAGUUGCGCCCCAACCCAGGCAAGGACCUGAGCUUAGGGGUGGAGCGCCAGGCCACCGAUUACCUAAAUCGCAUGGAUUCAGGCACGGUGCGGCCGUUCAUUCUGCCCGACUACAAAUAUAACGUGGACGAGAGGACCAACCCGCUCCUGGUGCACAGACCUAAAUGUAACAUGGAUGCUGUUCUGCAUUCUUACGUCCACAACCCCGCCAACUAUAUUUUACCUCUGAGCAAGACGAAGGACAUCAUUGAAAGAAUACGGAACCCCGUACCCAUACCCACACCUGCUCCAGCCCCAGUCGAAUACAGCCCCGUGUCUGACUGGGGCGGCUCGGACAGGGGCUCGGACAGGGCAGAGAGACCCGCAGAGAGGCUGCCCAAGGAGAGGCCACCUCCAGAGAGGCCAGCACAGGAGAAGCCGCCCUCAGACAGCAGCAGGCGGAGGCAAGGAGUGGCCCAUUCUAACGGCGCCCAGUCGCAGCACAAGUCCCACGUCGAGGCCCAGUCGCAGCCCCCUCAGAGGCUGCGGCUUUCCCAGAACGAGUACGAUAAAGACAAGAUGAAACAGUUGCUUAAGCUGAUCCAACUUCAUAAGAAAGCACUAGUGAAGGAUCCUGGGAAGGAAAGGGGAGAGGACGGGGCUUGGGACGCCAACAGUCUGAAGAGGAAGUUUGAGGGAGACGAGAGCGGGGGCAUGAACAAACACCAACGCACGGAUCCGCUUAGCAACGGGGAACCCAGCAGAGGAGCCCAAGCAGAUGAGAUCGGAGAGGAGGGUGGACAGAGCGACAAUCUGACAGCAGUGAUGGAAAGCAUGGGCAUCUAUGACACGGACCUGAGGGCUCACGGCAACACCAACGCCUCAGCAGUCAACGAGACCCAGCGCCUUCUCAAGAUCCUCCUGUCUACGCUCACCAAAGCCGUGGCUCAGGGUUCGAUGUCUGCACAGUCGAACCACGGUGAACCGUCGACGGGUUCAGGAAGCGGGGAACCGGCCUUCCCUGAACCGGAUCUUAAGAAACAAAACGAGCCCGCAUCUCAAACAAACUACACAGAGGAGGACAUGGACUGUAGCCCUGGUAGUCCAUUCAGCGCAGGCUCCCCAGCAGAGCAAGCUCACACCUCAGACAACCCAACCUGGGUUAACCCCGCCAAUGAAGACAAAGCACAGCCUUUUCCUGAGCCAGAACUAGAACCAGAGACCGAGCCUGAGCCUGAGCUGGCGCCGGCGCCGGAGGCUCUGACGGUGGCGGACAGCUACCAGGAGCCGAAGACGCCCGCAGCCGUGGAAGUAAAAAAGGCGGCUGCACCACCCACGUUAGCGGUCGUAGAGGAAGUUCCCUUCAGGCCCUCCAUCAGCCUGGACACCAUACUCAACCAGGAAAUUCGCAGUCUCACCUCUGACAUUAAAAACAUCAUGCAGACUCAUCACAUCUGCUAUUCUUCGCAGCUAUCCCCGCGGUUGCUCCCGCGCCACUGCUGGCUGCCCAACAGCUGCUUCUCGGACUUCGUCGUGCCCUACGUCUCCCCCGUCCCCAUUCAGGGGCAUGUCAAAGCACUGUGUGAGAAGAUGGACAAGUUGAUCCCAGCCCCACCUGCUCCCACCAAGGUCACUUCUCCACCUCCCCCAGUGACAACAUCUAAUCUUACAACACCACCCCCGACCCCCGCACAGACUUCCAAAACUAAAGCAGACCCCUCCCUGUCGAAGAGCACCACCUCCUCUCAGAGUGGUAAAAUGGGCACCGUCAAAUCCACGAGGUCUAAAACAGAAGGCUCGUCAGCAGAGCUGGGGGGAGAGAUCUAUUCGCCCUCUCAAGUCACACCAGACUCUCCAGAGCGCAGGUCCAAAAACCAAGGCCCCGCUUCUGGGAGUGGGUCCGGCCUGCUGGCUGGCAGCCUCAUCGGUCAGCUGAAGCCCGAGGUUUUCAGCAGCCUGGUUGAGAUCUUUAAGGACGUCACCAAGAAUACAGUCAAAUUCUACAUCUACUCCGGGGACGAGGGGGAGGAGAGCACCGUCUGCAAGGAGAUCAAGGGGUACUUGAAGAGUCUCGGCAACAGCGAGUGCAGCCCGCAGACGUUUCUGGAAAACAGCGGCAGUUUAGAUAAGCUCCUCAUCAUCAUUCAGAACGAGGACAUCGCUGCGCACGUGCACAAGAUCCCGGCUCUGGUGUCUUUAAAGAAGUUGCCUUCAGUGAGCUUCGCUGGAGUGGACACUCUGGACGACGUCAAGAACCACACUUAUAACGAGCUGUUUGUGUCCGGAGGCUUCAUGGUCUCUGAUGAGUUUGUCCUCAACCCCGACCUUAUCACACAGGAUCGUUUGCAGGGGCUGCUGAAGUUCCUGGAGGAGCAGAGCACCCCUGAGCACCCCUGGCAGUGGAAGGUGCACUGCAAGUCCCAGAAGAAGCUUAAAGAACUGGGGAGGUUAAAUGCCAAUGCCAUGGGGCUGCUGAAUCUUCUCACAGCCUAUCAGAAGAAGCACCUUGUGGAGUUCCUCCCUUAUCACGAGUGUGACACCCAGGCACGUCAGGCUCCAGACCUGGAAUGUCUGAUCAAGCUCCAAGCUCAGCACACACAGCAGCGGCACCUUAUCUUCCUCACAGAGAGGCCAUUUGAGAUGUUCCUUCAGUACUCCAGGAAUGGGAUAGUGAUAGGCAGCAUUGAUGACGUUAUGAGCGGUUUCCACAGUCUGAUUGGCUCCAUCAAUCACAAUGAGCUUCCAACACCGCCCUCUACAGUGAAUGAUGAGUGUGUGGAAGAGGAGGACAUGUCAUUAGACUCUGAUGACGGUGAGCCAAACUCCAUGUCGGAUGCCUCGGAGCAGAACCAGGCAGUUGAGAAGAGGAAGCCUCCGCAGCCGCCCCCACCGGAGAUGGAGGAGUUUCGUCCUCCGCUUCCGGAGCAGCAGGCCACCCCCGAGAGAACCCCGACGCUCUCUGACUACAGUGCUCUCAAAACGGCCAUCUCUCAGUUCAAAGCCACCAACCAGAUGGGAAUAGGCAAUUCAGACAUUGGCGGCAUGUCACCGGGAGGUUUUCCUGUGAAUCCCCACCAGAGCUUCCUGUGCCCUUCAGCCUCGUGGUCAUCCUACACCGGCUCCUCUAGCUACGCCGCCUCCCCGGCCUAUCCCGCCUCACCCUGCAGCGGCACCCAGGAACAGGAAUACCGCCCCGCAGUCCCAGCCAUCGCCUCUGCCACAAUCCCAACCGCACCCGUCAUGGCCUCAGCAGGACCUCUAGCCAACCUGGCUUCCCUCCCCAUGGAGGUCAAACCUCCCCCUCCGCCUCACCUCAUGAUGCUGGGCCACACGUACGGCUCGGACCCUGGAGGAGCCGGGGCUGCUGGGAACUCUCCGCUCACCACCUCCCUCCCUUACACAGACCAUAAUGACUCAGUCCAGCCAGGUUACAUGGCUGGCAUUCCUCAAAAUGCUUGCGGGACCCUCACACAACAUGACAGGACACUGAGUGGACCUGGGGAAGGUCUAUGGGGGACAGCGGGGACCAGCACUUGUCAGACUGUUAGCAGCCAGUGUGUGGGCACAUCUGGCCCAGUGGACCUCAGUGGGGAAUCCCUCGGAGGCAGCACCCCUGGUAGUCAGGGGGGCAGGACUCCGGUGAAUUGCGCUAACAACCUUGGAGCUCCUGUGGGCAUUCCCACAGUGGCCACCAGGGGGGGCUCAAUAGUCAGACCUAAGCUGCCUCCACAUCCAAUGUGUGGUGUGGGCUAUGGUAGUAUAGGUGGCAUCCCUGGACAGAUGGAUCAUGGGCCUAUGCGGGGUGGUAUGGGUCUUGGUUCUUUAGGGAGCUAUCGAGGGAGAGGAGCUCCACCAGGAGGACUUUGGCCUCGGCCAGGACGAGGACACGAUCGGGGGGACGGGAAUGGAGGUGCACCCUGCUCUUGGGGUUACCCAGCAGCAGGCAGGGGUGGGGCACAGGAUUACUACUCGGACUACACAUACACUCACAAUUAUGCUCCUGAAUAGACAAUCAACAUGACGGAAAGGGGCGACACAAACACCAUACUCCAGAGACUAUUAGAGCUGGCUGAAUGUAAAUAUUUCCUUGUCAUAAACACAAAUGAUUUGAAUCAGUAAAUAAGGAUCCUGGUUUUUUCUACAUUAAUAAAAAUUGAUACAGGCAGUGCCGAGUGUCCUACUGUCGUGUAAACUGUAUGUACACUCUUUCCAUGUGAGCUAUUUGAGACCCUGUUCAAACCACUAUAUUUAUAUUUGCCACCAAAUGAUAACGGCCUUCCAGCUUCUCGGAAUUUAUCAUGUUAUUUCUGUUUGUCCAGGUUUUUGAAACGGUUUGUGAACAAGGGGGAAAGGCUGAUAUUUUUUUAAGGAAAAAAAAAAAACUAGUGAAUUCAAUUUCACUUUUGCUGUUGGUUUUCUUUUUUUCUUUUACAUAUUUGGUUGUCCUAAAUUCUAUUAAAAUGAAACAUUUCAAAUCUUGUUUGUGUGACCAGUUUGAUGACAGUGUCAAGCAAACUAUUAAAAAUAUAAAUCACA